AGCCGUCUACCUGCCGUUUACCUGCCAUAUUGAGGAAAAUCCGAAAUUUCAUUCACAUGUCGACACGAGAAGCUGCACGUUUUGCAGGUGAACUCUAACGUGCACCAAAAGGAACGAACAACUGUGCUUGACGACAACUCAACGAGAAACAUGAAAAUUUUAGGUGUGAGAUUUGCACCAUUAAAUGUGCCUCUCGAGAGGAGGCUGCAGACCUUGACUGCCGCAACAUGGUUUAUUUGGACCGCAUUCGGCAACUUCUUCGCGACCAUUAUCACGGUCUAUAUGAUUAUCUAUAUGCAAACAUACUAUCUUAUAUUAUUGUAUUCUCUUUGGAUGUAUUACGACUGGGACACUUGCGAUCGUGGUGGCCGAAGUUACAACUGGAUAAAAUUUUGCAGAAAUAAUAUAUUCUGGCGUUACUUCUGCAACUAUUUCCCUAUAAAGCUGGUGAAGACCGUUGACUUGGACCCCACGAAAUCUUAUCUGUUUGUGUGCGUGCCUCACGGAAUCCUAUCGACAGGAAUAGUGGGUGCGUUCGGGUCGGAUGCGUUGGGCUGCAGGGAGCUAUUUCCUGGACUGGAAAUACGUCCGAUCAUCCUCGACCAGCAUUUCAAGAUACCUAUUUUCAGGGAAUACGUGUACUCGUUAGGUGCCUGCGCUUCUAGUGCGAGAAGUAUCAAGUACUUAUUAUCAACACCGCCAUCGAGCUCGUUCACCGGAAGAGCCACGUUACUCAUCGUCGGCGGCGCCUCGGAAUCUCUGGAGUCGUUACCGGGCACGUAUCGUACUAUAGUGAAGAAAAGGAAAGGUUUCAUCAAAUUAGCACUACAAAAUGGCACAACGUUGGUUCCUGUGUUUUCAUUCGGCGAGACGAACCUGUUCACUCAAUUGUACAGCUCGGAAGGAACGUUCUUUAGACGUGUCCAGCAUUAUAUUCGCAAAAUUAUUGGAUUAGCACCUGUUGUUUUUUCGGGCAGAGGAUUCUUCCAGUAUUCGUUCGGACUCAUCCCCAAACGGGAGCCUAUUACCGUAGUUGUCGGAAGUCCCAUGGAGCUACCGAAAAUAGCAGAACCUACGGCAGAGCAGAUCAACGAACACCAUAGUAAAUUCGUACAAAACUUGAUUGAACUGUUUGAGACGCAGAAGCACAAUUAUGUAAAAGAUCCGGAGAAAGUUGUCCUCGAAUUAGACAUUUGAUCUAUUUGAUAGAAAAGAAGCGUUCCGUGUGAAGGCUGAUCGUGCAAGUUUGUUCUUUUGAAAGACUCAGGCAAGGAAACGUGUUAGUUUGCUCAAUGUGAUUUCCGGUUUAGUACCACAUCCUUCG